AUCUCUCCCACCCCACGCUGCGGACACGCGCCAGCUUAUACAGUACGAGAAAAAAAUAUAAGGUUUGUAAUCCACAUAUGUGUUAAUUUUACCCAGAAAAUUCAACCCCGAACAUUUAGUUUCUGGUGCAAUUCUGUAUUUGAAUCCGGGUCUGAAGUCUUCUUUGAACUCACAAUGCGCUGUGAGUUGCAAGUCCUUACCUGAUCGAAUGGGGCUGAACACAGAGGACACUACAGUUCCACUUGGCACAUACCAUGAGGCGGAUCCUGGUCGUCUGCGUUUGCUUGUUUACUUUAAUUCAAAAUGGCCAUAAUGCAGACUCCGAGGAACGAUUAAUGAACUGGCUACUGGGUAAAGACAGAUACAACAAGCUGAUCCGCCCCGCCAUCAACAGGACUGAACGUGUCACUAUCAAACUACAGGUCUCCCUUGCCCAGCUCAUCAGCGUGAAUGAGAGAGAGCAGAUCAUGACCACCAAUGUCUGGUUAACUCAGAAUUGGAUUGAUUACAGAUUGUCAUGGGACCCUUCAAAAUAUGAUGGAAUUGACAAGAUUCGUAUUCCGUCACGACACAUAUGGCUCCCAGAUAUUGUGCUGUACAACAAUGCGGAUGGAACAUACGAAGUGACCGUGUUUACAAAUGUCAUCGUCCAGUUCAAUGGCAGCAUCUUCUGGCUUCCUCCAGCUAUCUAUAAGAGCGCCUGUAAAAUUGAGGUAAAACACUUCCCUUUCGAUCAGCAAAACUGCACACUUAAGUUCCGCUCCUGGACAUAUGACCACACCGAAAUCGACCUGGUGCUGAAGAGCGACAUGGCCAGCAUGGACGAUUUCACACCCAGUGGCGAGUGGGACAUCCUGGCCCUCCCGGGGAGGCGGACAGUCAACCCCAUGGACCCCACCUAUGUGGACGUCACCUAUGACUUCAUCAUUAAGAGGAAGCCCCUCUUCUAUACCAUCAACCUCAUCAUCCCCUGUGUGCUGAUCACCUCUCUGGCUAUCCUGGUUUUCUACCUGCCCUCUGAUUCUGGUGAGAAGAUGACCCUUUGCAUCUCAGUGCUCCUGGCCCUCACUGUCUUCCUGCUUCUCAUCUCCAAGAUUGUGCCCCCAACCUCACUGGACGUACCCUUGAUUGGCAAGUAUCUGAUGUUCACUAUGGUGCUGGUGACCUUUUCCAUCAUUACCAGCGUGUGUGUGCUUAAUGUGCACCACCGCUCACCGAGCACACACACCAUGCCUGCCUGGGUCAGGCUGCUUUUUCUGGUCAAGCUUCCAGCUCUACUCUUCAUGCGGCGCCCGCAGAGCGAUUCGGCUCGUCAGCGACUCCUGCAGCAGCGCCGGCUCCAAGCUCGGCCCUACCGGGCCCCUCAUCCAGGAGCCAGCUUUUCCACUAAAUCUGGGUUAUCUUCCACAGAACAGUUUUUUGGUAGAACCACAUUUCCCUUAGGACUUAACACAGCCAUGAAGAAAGUCGAUCCGAGGCUUAUGGACCGCUUUGCAGAAAGGUUCUCCUCGAGGGACGACCUUCACAAACGGGGAACUUCAGACUGGGAGGCUGACAUACAGGAAGCUGUGGACGGGGUGAGAUUUGUAGCCGAUCACAUGAUGGGGGACGACGAUGACCAGAGCGUAAUUGAGGACUGGAAGUACGUUGCCAUGGUGGUAGACAGGAUGUUCCUGUGGAUCUUUGUGAUCGUGUGUGUUGUGGGGACCCUGGGGCUGUUCCUGCAGCCUCUCUUCCAGCAUCAGGUUGUCCCUACCCAGCAGCUUGGCACAGAUACACCAAAAAGAGAUGCCUUUUGAAUAGACAGACCUGAAGCCAAUGCCGAGAGAUCUUCAUCGAUUUCAGCCACUCCAGCUGUCAUUCUAAAAAAAAUACACAGACAAGUAACCCUGUGCUCUCUGCCACAAUGGGUUCUUUUUACAAAAUACAGUUAACAAAUAAUGCCAAGAAUUGGGAGGUAAUGACUGACUCUCAUGCCAAGGGCAAUUCGCGUAGGUGACGUCUAAUGCGUCUCUGUGACAACUAUUUGACACUAGAUACUGGAAUUGAUAGUCGCGCUUUAAUAGACUUUGUAUCCCAAGUUAUUUAACAUCUCUCCGUGCCUAAAAGUGUACCAUGCUGUCAAAUGUAUAAAAGUGCUAAAGAAUCAGUUUAGCUUAAUUUAAACAAGACCUGGAGCAAUAUUUAUAUCCAUGGAUUUAGAAUGGACCUUAGUGUCACGAUCAGCACAGGGAAGCAGGUGAGGGGAACCGUGGAUACAGACAAAGGAGAUUUUUUAAUGGGGUAACACACUCUAAAAGACAUGUAACGUUAAUGAUCAGAGUGGUGAAACAGACAAACGCGGACUAAAUACACUGAACUAAUGACAACAGGAAACAGCUGGUGAACACGAGGAAUCCACACGGGGUAGAUGAGGGGGCGUGGCACACGGGAGGGUAGGACGAGCGGGGCAUGACACUUAGAGUACCUGCACAAUAUACUAAUUUUAAUCUUUUUUUUCCUAUCAGACGUUUCAUACCAAGAUAUGUAAUUAUAUGGUAACAUCAAAAUCCUGGUGAGCCAGAGCAGCUCUUAGUGAAAUCAUGAGUUUACUACAGUUGUCUAUAAUUAAAGAAUUAUAAAAACAAAAUACAGUAGAAUACAUUAUGAAAACGAGUUUGAUUUUGAUUAAAUAAAACCCAAUAUUUUUUAAGAUACAA